CUCACUUUUCCAGUGGAAAAUAGUGGUGAGGUGUACUCAAUGCGGCGCUCUUUACACACAAACACCGCACUCAAUUAGCCAGAGUUCAGUCGUCAAUGUGGCGGGCUUUAGCGCAAACGGCAUUGAGAGCAGUAGCCAUCGAUUGCAGGUCAACAGGAGUCGGAUUCGCACCUAUAACGCUGACGCAGCAGCUAUUGCGACAUUCGAAGGCCAGCAAACAGACCAUAACCACCACCCCCAGUCAACCACCUCACAAAAUCGGAAUCAUGAGCGUGGAGAAGCCAAAGGUUGUAUUCGUUUUGGGCGGACCAGGAGCCGGAAAAGGCACCCAGUGCUCCAAAAUAGUGGACCGAUUUCAGUUUUCCCAUCUGUCAGCAGGAGACCUCCUCCGAGAGGAACGUUCGCGGGAGGGCUCUGAAUUCGGAAACCUCAUCGAGGAUUACAUCCGAAAUGGCAAAAUUGUACCCGUGGAGGUCACGUGUUCGCUGCUGGAGAACGCCAUGAAGGCUACAGGAAAUUCUCGAUUCCUCAUCGAUGGCUUCCCUCGGAAUCAGGAUAAUCUGGACGGCUGGAAUCGCCAGAUGUCCGAGAAGGUGGACAUGCAGUUUGUCCUGUUCUUCGACUGCGGCGAGGAUGUAUGCGUUCAGCGGUGUUUGGGUCGUGGUCAGAGCGGUUCCGGCCGGACGGACGACAACAUGGAGAGCCUAAAGAAGCGUAUUCAGACGUACAACAACGACUCGCUCCCCAUCAUCAAGUUCUUCGAGAGCGCCGGGCAAGUCAAGAGGAUCGAUGCCAGUCCGGAGGCUGAUCAGGUGUUUGGCGAGGUUGAGCGGAUCUUCCUAACCAGCGGUUUCUAAAUUUCUUACUUAUUUUCCGGAUCUGUGUGUAAUGCUAUCUUUACUCUUCAUUUGUACCCUGCAAAUAUAUACGCUUGUUACUCGUAAUGUAAAAGGUACUUUUUUUCACCCAGAUAAGGUACAAGAUACAUGCAAAAGAAAUACAUUAUUAAGGAAAGAGGUAUACCACAUUUUCUGUAUCUAGUAAAUUAAAAAAGUACUGAGGAAAAAGUAUUUGAUGCUGGAAUUUUCUGUAUUCUAUUUAGGAGAACUAUUUUAUUUUGUAGAAAAUGAGAAAAUUAGUGUUUAAAGCAAUAAACAGUCAAUUGUAACAAAA